AUGAGCACGGACACCGAAUCUCACAAGGAUGCUGCUGCCGACCAUGCCUACUCUUUCUGGGAUCUGCAUCGCAUGCUGGCAGACAGCUACGUCGCAGAUACCGGCCGACAGCGAGGUGCAGUCUGCACCAGCCCUUCUGACCAGAACUUGCUGAUGGCGUCGCAGGAGGAGUCGGACGCUUUUCUGCCACUUCCGACCCCAAGCAACAGUGGCAGGCGCAUGAGCAUUUGCAUCACCGUCCCCUGGACCGGCGCCACGCCGGAUGAUGAGCCCACAUCCAACACUCUAGGCGUGAAGCCUCCAGGCGCCCUCGAGCCAAAACCGCCGGAUGGUGAUCUGGCCAACCUGCCGGCGGCUGGCAAAUCUACAGACUUACUACAAUCAUUGAAACGACUUCACCGUACUGGGAUCGAAGAGGAGGAAUCCGAUUCGGACAGUGACGUCGGCAACAUCCAGCUGCACACCCACUUGUGUUGGCAGGAAGGUGCAUCAGUCCGAACCACACAUCGAAAGAUGACUGGCGCCAACAGCAUUGAACCUGGGGCAGUACCGACUGGCACCAUAGGCAGCAACAGCUUGCGGGGAUCUCGACGCCGGGCCUGCAUGCUGCAUCCCAGUGGCACCUUCCGAGCAGUUUGGAACCUGAUGGUGGGUGCCUUCGUGAUGUACGACUUGCUGGUCACCCCCUUGUUGGUCUUCAGUCUUCCAGAGUGGCUGGCGAGGUACCCGAUGUCGCUGGUGGUGGAGCUGUUUUGGAGUUCCGACUUCGUUCUGACUUUCUUCACCGGCUACUACCAAAAGGGCUUCUUGGUCAUGGAGCGCUGUAAAGUUGCCCGUCAUUACGCGAAGACCUGGAUGCUCUUUGACUUCACCUUGAUCCUCAUCGACUGGGGUGUCGAUGUUCUGGACUUGCUGACUCAGGGCAGUGCCGCCGAGCCGACGGAGUUGAGCCGCACCGUUCGUAUGUUUCGUCUUCUUCGGCUAGUUCGUGUCGCGAGAGCACUCAAGCUGCGACGUGGCUUCACCGCAAUGCAGGACGUCAUCCAUUCGCAGCGUGCAAGCCUCUAUCUGAAGUUUGUUGUGAGUCUUGGUCAACUUCUGAUGCUUGUCCACUGGAUAGCCUGUGGUUGGUUUGGGGUGACGUGGCUACACAGCGAGAACUGGGUGGCAAUGAGUGAUUUGCGUUACCGCGAUUCGCUUUUCCAGUAUCUGACAUGCGUUUUGUGGUCCUUCUGUCAACUGGGUGUGGGAGAGAGCCCUUGGCAACCGACAAAUACCACGGAAAUGAUCCUCGCCAGUGUGAUUGCCUUCACGGCCCUCAUCACCGCUGCUGUGCUCAUCAGCACCAUGGGAGAGUUGAUUGCAGGGCUCCGCAAGCUUCGCCAGGACGAGCUCACUCAGUUCAGGCUCUUGCGCCGCUACCUGCAGAAGCAUGACAUUCCUCUGGACCUUGGGCAUCGGGUGACUCAGUUCCUACACAACCAGUACACAGAAAGGCAACAGGCCUCGUCGUCGCAGACGCAAGUGCCUCUACUUGAGCUUCUCUCUCGCCCCAUGAUGCAAGAGCUGCAGUUCGAAAGACAUCGCGCUGUCCUCUGCAAAAUCGGUGCCAUCAAGGCGAUACUCAGCAAGGACGACGUCCACUGCCGGCGAGUACUUCACAAGAUGGCUUACAACAGCUUGGACCCGAUGGUGGCGGCAGCGGGGGAUGUCAUCUUCGUCGGUGGCCACAUGGCCACCAUGUCGUACAUCAGGAUGAAUGGCCGCCUGAGCUACUUCAAGGACGGCGUUUUUCAGCCUCUCACUGAUGCCCACUGGAUUUCAGAAGUCUGCCUUUGGGCUCCUUGGGUUUACCUCGGGGAUCUCGAGAGUCAGACGACCUCUGAGAUUCUGAGCUUAGAUGCCCAGAAGUUUUGCACGAUCUUGGCGGAGGGAACAGACACCCACCGGGCUGCGAGUACCUACGCACGACGGUUCAUCAAAGUGGUGCAAAGACAAGGCGUUUAUAGUGACAUCCUCAAAGAGCCAUAUGGAGAGCUGGACUCCUUGGAAGAGGAGCCCACCUUCGACAUGCUCUUGCCUGCACCCCUCAAGCGCAUCCUCAUGCAGCAUCGUGUGAGUCAUGGCCAAGUUCGUCCUGUCGACGAAUGA